AUGGCACCGGGAUGUGAGGUUACCUGGUUGAAGCGCGAUGCUCUUCUCUUCGCCAACUCCAUUGGCUGCACGCUUGACGAGCUUCACUUCCUCUACGAGCUUCACCCCGACUUCGCCGUCUUCCCCACCUACCCCAUCAUCUUGCCCUUCAAGGGAGCCACCCAAGAAGUCAUCGACUUCAUCGCCGCCCAAAAGGCCACCCCCAUCCCCGGCGUGCCCAAGUUCGACCCCUCCCGCGGCGUCGACGGCCAGCGCCGCAUGACCUUCCUCAAGCCCCUCCCCAUCUCCUCCGAGGGCCGCCGCUUCGAGGUCCGCACCAAGGUCCUCGGCGUCUACGACAAGGGCAAGCCCGGCACCGUCGUCGAGACCCAGUCCGACCUCAUCGACACCGAGUCCGGCGAGACCUACACCCGCGUCGUCGGCUCCGGCUUCUACGACAAGAAGCCCGACGCCGUUCUCGAGCACCAGACCAGCGCCGAGUCCGCCCUCCUCUACCGCCUCAACGGCGACUACAACCCCUCCACGCCGAUCCCCACCUGCCACGAGCUCCUCAAGGCCUUUGGCGGCAGCAACCCCGCCAACAUCAAGGAGUACCAGGCUCGCUUCGCUAGCCCCGUCCGCCCCGGCGACAAGCUCAUCACCCGCGCCUGGCGCACCGGCACCAAGGACGGCGAGUGGGAGGAGGUCAGGUUCGAGGUCCAGGUCGACGGUGGCAAGGUCUGCCUUAGCAACGGCAGGGCCUUCAUCAAGGUCGUCGACUCUGCCGCCAGCGCCAAGUUGUAA